GUGCCUCAGUCUCUUCUAGGCCAAGCCCAGGUUUCACCUUGUUGUAGCCAUGGGUUGCGGUGCCUCAGCAUCCAAGAAGGACGGAAGUGGGGGUGGGAAGAAGAGUACGACAGGUUUUGCGUCUGCAAGCCUGAUCGUUGACAAUCAGGGCAAGAUCCAGCAGUUUUAUGACAUUGACAAGAAGAAGAUCGGGGAGGGCUCCUACGGCUCAGUAUGCAAAGCACGGAACAAGGCCACAAAAGCCAUGCGCGCCAUCAAAACAAUCAACAAGGCGGCCUUGAAGAGUCCUGAAGCCUUCAAGAAGGAAAUUCAGAUCAUGAAAAUCCUGGACCAUCCGAACAUUUGCAAGCUCUAUGAGUCUUUCCAAGAUCACCGCUACAUCUAUUUGGUCCUGGAGCUUUGCACCGGUGGUGAGUUGUUUGACCGGAUCAUUGAGUACGGUCACCUAACCGAGAAGCAGGCAGCCUUGCUGAUGCAGAACAUGUUUAGGGCCAUCUACUACAUGCACAAGUGUCAUUACACUCACCGUGACCUGAAGCCUGAAAACUUCAUUUUCACUACGAAGGAAGCCAUCGAGAAGAGCGUUCUGAAGCUGAUUGAUUUUGGCCUGGCAAGAGAGUUUCAGCCAGAGCAGGUCUUGACCACGAAAGCAGGAACUCCAUACUAUGUGGCUCCGCAGGUCCUGGCUGGAAAGUAUGACCACAUGGCUGACAUGUGGAGCCUGGGUGUCAUCAUGUAUGUGAUGCUCUGUGGCUACCCACCAUUCUAUGGCGAGUCCGACCAGGAAGUCCUCGAUGAGGUUCGGCAAGGAAAAGUGAAGUUUCAGGCAGCGGAUUGGAAGAACGUAUCCGAAGAUGCGAAAGCACUGAUCAAGAAUUUGCUGCAGAUGAACCCAAAGGAACGAUACACUGCUGAACAAGCGUUGAAUGAUGUUUGGAUCAAGGAGAAGGCUCCGAAGGCCAAGGAUGUGAAUCUUCAGGACGGCUUCGUUGACAAGUUACGCGGAUUCCUUUCGCAAAACAAGUUGAAGAAAGCUGCGUUGCAAGUGAUUGCGAGCAGUCUUGAUGACAAGCAAAUCCAGGCUUUGAGAGAGACCUUCCAAGCCCUAGAUGAGAACGGAGAUGGCCUACUCACAGCAGCUGAGUUGAAAGCAGGUCUCGAGAAGGGUGGCCUCAAAGACAACAUCCCUGGUGACCUGCAGGAGAUUAUGAAAAGUAUUGAUGCAGAUGGCAGCGGUGUGAUCGAUUACACUGAGUUUCUUGCAGCAACCUUGGACAGGAAGCACUUUAUUGAGGAAGAUGCCUGUUGGCAAGCUUUCCGAGUUUUCGAUCGCGAUGGGAAUGGGACCAUCAGCCAGAAGGAGCUCGCGGAAGUAUUGGCCAGUGAUGAUGUGGCAGGCAAGUUUCACAAGGAUCUGGCCGAUUUGAUGAAAAUGGUGGACACCAAUGGCGAUGGCGAGAUCGACUUCCAAGAGUUUAUGCAAAUGAUGAGGAGCUGAGAGCCAAGCAGCCGUUGUUUUGAAGGGCUUUUCUUAGAAAAUCCUUCUGAGCUGCACAUGUCGCCACUCUUGCCAACUGUCAGAGUGGCGCUUUUCAUGUUUCUGUUAAGUUAACUUUGCCGCCUUGUCUGCGCAUCGUGCUUGGAUUCUGCUUGGUGCCAGUGUUGCCAG